UAUGGACCAGAUAUAAUGAGAGUAUUUGCUAAGAACUAUGGUCCUAUUUUCAGAUUUCAUAUGGGGAGGCAGCCGCUGGUUAUAGUGGCUGAUCCAGAGCUUUGCAAGGAGGUUGGGAUUAAGAAGUUUAAGCAGAUUAAGAACAGAAGCAGUCCUACUCCAACUUGUGGAUCUGCCAUGCACCAGCAAGGGCUUUUUCUAACAAGGGAUUCACGAUGGUCUUUCAUAAGAAACACCAUCACCUCUCUGUAUCAACCCUCCCAUCUUUCCAGCCUCAUCCCCACCAUGCAAUCCCACAUAGAUCUUCUCCUCUUAAAUAUCUCAAAUGCUGAGAAGAAAGAAGAAGACAUUCCCUUCUCCGAGCUUACUCUAAGAAUGGCCAUUGACAUAAUCGGGGAGACAGCUUUCGGUGUUCUGUUUUUCCUCUCCCAUGAAGCUUCCUUCAAAAAACAGCAUAUCGAAUCGCGAAUCGACGAAGAAAGUGAUGAAGAAGAUGAAGUUUCAUCCUUCCUAAAGCAACACAUGCGCUCCAUCAACUCCCUUAAGAUGGAUCUAUCAAGUUCCUUCUCUACAUCACUCGGCUUAGUGGUUCCCAUACUACAAAUUCCCUGCAGAAACAUACUUCAGCUUAUACCAGGAACUGCUGACUAUAAAGUGAAGCAGACAAACAAGAAGCUUUGUCAGAGAAUUGAUGCUAUCAUUGCAAAGAAGUCAAGCGAGAGGAAUCAAUGCUGCAAGGAUUUCUUAUCUACAGUGCUUGCAGCGAGAGAAUCGAGCAUUGGGAAGAAGGUCUUCACGCACAACUACAUUCGCGCGCUUACAUAUGAGCAACUGCUUGCUGGAACGAAGACAACUGCGUUUACAUUGGCGAUGGCUGUUUAUCUGAUAUCUAAGCAUGCAGAUGUUGAGAGAAAGCUGAUCGAAGAGAUUGAUGGAUUUGGCUCUGCUCAUCUGAUUCCUACUGCCGAAGAUCUUAAUUGCAGGUUUCCCUAUCUGGAUCAGGUAGUGAAGGAGACCAUGAGGUUUGUGACAGUUUCACCAUUAGUAGCUAGAGAGGCAUCCCAAAAACUUGAAAUUGGAGGCUAUAUUCUUCCAAAGGGUACAUGGGUGUGGCUUGCACUGGGGGUUUUAGCCAAAGAUCCCAAACAAUUCCCAGACCCUGAGGUAUUCAGACCAGAGAGGUUCGACCCCAAUUGCGAUGAAGAGAAGAGAAGGAAUCCAUAUGCUAACAUACCAUUUGGUAUUGGUCCAAGGGCUUGCAUUGGGCAGAAGUUUGCACUGCAGGAGAUCAAGCUUGCUCUCAUUUGCCUAUACCGUAAUUACUUGUUCAGACACUCAGCUAAGAUGGAAUCUCCUCUUGAGCUUGAGUAUGGUUUAGUUUUGGGAUUCAAGCAUGGGGUUAAGAUAAGAGCUAUUAAGAGGAUAGUCUAG